CUUUCCGUUCACACACCACAAUGGCCACGACCGUAGAUACCUCGACCAACUGCGUGGUCACCAGCUCCACCCGAACAACCAAGUGGGCCACCGUGAGAGCGGCCCACCGUGUCCGCCUCUGCUACCAUGACGAGGCGUAUCGCCAGCGUACCGAAGAGCGCACCAAGAGCCUCAUUGCGGACGCCUCAUCAUCCACGAGCUCCAGUACCAGCGCGCUACUGGCCAAGAAGGCGCUUAAGUAUCGCAAAGUGUACGACCGCAUGACGGCCGUGGAUGUGAAGGACCCCAACUUCGACGUAUUCGAGUUCCUGGGUGUCGACUGGCACAAAGCCUCGUCCAUGAAGACCUCUGGUCACGUAUAAAGCGCUGGAAAGUAGCUAUUUAUUGGCGUUGUCUACACUGCAAAGAUUGCAUAUGCAUUGACACGACGUGGUUACAUGGCCAUACAUCAUCAAAGCUUACGUCUAGAAGCGAUAGAAAAUCUUGGUGGAAAGAUUGCCGAUCCCUUAGAAGAUUUCACAACUUUCUCUUGGCUAAAAAUAAAUG